AUGAGCGACAUUCUCGCCAAACAGAAUGUUCUGCAGCGCUCGAUCGAGCGGGCGCUUGAGAACUUCAAGAAAGUCGGGAAGGCCAAUCUCACCCCCGCGAAGAUUCGCACUCGGAUGAGUGCGCUGCAGGCCAACUGGACGCUUUACCAGGACGGCCAUGCCCACCUGCUGACGGCGGUUGCUGAGCCUGCGCGGGCUUCCCUGGCCUAUUUCCACGAAAAUCAGUUUGAUGCCACCGAGGAUCUCUACCAGACGACCUGGGAAUACAUGACUGAAUGCCUAGAGGAGAUCGAGCCGGUCGUAAGCCCCAGCCAUUCCCUCGAUACAAGCGUUGUUCGCUCGGAUAUUUCCGCGUUAUCGAUCUCGCAGCUUCCUCAAAUUCGUCUCCCCUCCUUCGACGGGAAUUAUGCAGAGUGGGAGUCAUUUCGCGACCGAUUUAACGCGCUGAUAAUUCAGAAUAAGUCUCUCGGUGAUUUCGCGCGCAUGCAUUACCUCGCGUCUUCGCUAAAAGGGAAGGCGCUCGAUUGUUUGAACAAUAUCGCUGUCACUGCUGACAAUUUCCCCAUCGCUUGGCGAACGGUGACCGCGCGAUUCGAGAAUAAAAGGCGAAUCAUUGCUUCUCAUUUCUCAUCAUUACUCGGGUUGACCGGCCUAGCUCGCGAGUCCGCCUCCGAGUUGCAAAGUUUGUGCGACAAGGUGGAUAUUGCCGUCGCAUCGCUCAGAGGUCUCGAUCGUUCGCCCAGCGACCUGUGGAACGAUUUCCUCGUUCAUUUACUCUCGCAAAAUUUAGAUCCCGCUUCGCGAAAGGCGUGGAACCUUAAAACGAGUGAUACUGACUCUCCUCCUACGUACGCGGAGCUUGUUCGCUUUCUCUCCAUCAGAGUUCGCGCGCUCGAAGAAUGCCACCCGACGGCUAACGCGAAAUCGCCGAAAGCCUCGACUUCGUCUCGCGUGCAUGUCGCGAAUGCGUCCGCCUCGCCGGCGGCGACUUGCCCGUUGUGCAAGGCGCGUCAUUACUUGAGCGCGUGCUCAAAAUUCGUCGGACAGAAUCCGAGUCAACGCCGUGACACUGUCAAGAAGCUUAAGCGCUGUUUCAAUUGCCUCAGCGCUUCUCAUGCAGCUAAUGAUUGCAAAAGUCAGUAUACGUGUCGAAUCUGUCAAAAGCGACAUCAUUCAAUGCUCCACCUUGACUCGAAUUCUGAUCCGACUGCAGCCGCUCCCUCGACGAUUGUCGCCCCAUCGGCGCCAUCCGUCACGCCCACCAGUGAGGUGACAUCCUUACUUGCGGCUGCAAGACCGCAUUCUCGUGCGCGGGUUUUACUUGCCACCGCGAGAGUCAGGAUUGAUGCCGGCUCUAGUCGCACGAUGAUCGUGCGAGCCUUGAUUGACCAAGGAUCAGAGGCGACCUUUAUCUCCGAAUCACUAGCUCAAAGUUUACGCGCUAAACGAAUUCGGAUGCCAACUACAAUUUCCGCCGUUGGUGGAGUUCAGCUCGGCACUGUUCGACACGCUGCAGACAUCACGGUUUCUCCCGCAACGUCUUCGGCUCCGUCGCUUUCAACCACGGCUCUCAUUCUCUCGUCGUUGACAUCUUAUGCUCCGAGAAGAGUGUCCGACAUUUCCACCCUCGCGCAUCUAUCAGGCCUAUCCUUGGCUGACCAUGAUCCCACCGGAUCCGAUCCGAUUCACGUCAUACUAGGUGCUGACUUAUACAGCAGUCUCAUUCUUGACGGAAUCAAAAGGGGUGAGGCCGGACAGCCUUUCGCUCAAAAUUCUAUCUUCGGAUGGAUUAUUUCGGGUCCGCUCGAAUCCAGCGUUUCCUCAAGCUCAGCGCAUAUGCAUCUGACUGUGCAUCAUUGCCUUCCAUUGAGCGACCUGAGCAGCGACCUCACUCGUUUCUGGGAAGUGGAGGAAGUCCCGCCUUCUCACGGUAGUGCGCCGCACGAUGAGCAAUGCGAGGCUCAUUUCCGCGCUACGCACACUCGGGCUAACGACGGCAGAUACAUCGUUCGCCUACCAUUUAAGACGGGUCCUCCUAUUGAUAUCGGUCAAUCUCGGCAGGCGGCGGCACGACUGUGUCGUUCGCUGUCGCGUCGCUUUAUCACGCAACCGACGUUAAAGGGCGAGUACAGCGCCUUUAUGCGUGAGUACGAAGAACUCGGGCAUAUGCGUCGUAUUCCGGAGCCUCACGAUGCGUCGCGGCCACCCGUUUAUAUUCCGCAUCAUCCCGUAUUUCGAUCUGAUAGUGUCACAUCUCAUUUGCGUGUCGUCUUCAAUGCUUCGAGCAAAACGUCCAACGGGACGUCUUUAAAUGAUCACCUACUCGCGGGUCCAAAAUUGCAAACGGAGCUGCCCGCUAUUCUUCUACAGUGGCGACAAUUUCGAUACGUCUAUUCAGCUGAUAUCGCGAAAAU